CCCAUUAUAUGAUUCCUCUCGAGUCCAGAAUACAGAGGGAAUCAAAGUUCUCUCAGAGGGCUUCCUGCUCCGAUGUCCAGUAUUCGUUUACUUUAUCAUUCAGUCUUUCUAGAGCGCGGUCUUGGGUCAUAAGCAUCGAACUUUCCCACUCCUUGACCCUGCCAUACGCGCUCUCCAGCUUUGGAUUUGGGCUCAUGUUCUCUGUUUGGAGUAGAUUUUGGCGUUCAUUUUUGGGGUCUGAUCUGAGAAGAAGUGAAGUUGAGCCAGUGAUGAGUGUGCAUAAGAGAAAAAUCAAUAACGGUCUCAGGGUAGACCUGGAAUCUGACUGCCUCUUGGACUAAAUGCGCCGAGAUCAGCCGCAAUUCUCUAUCCUCGGUGCCGUAGUAAUCGCAAUAAGCUAUUUUGCUUAGAGGAUGAAACGGAAAAGCACUGUGGUCAGCCAAAAU